AUGGGCCGCGACGUACAUCACUCACUUUUGUUCGAAAUAGCAUGGGAAGUGGUUAACAAAGUUGGUGGAAUUCACACAGUAAUCAAGUCGAAAGCGCCGGUUACAGUCCACGAGUAUGGAAAUAGAUAUUGUAUGAUUGGACCUCUGGUUAUGAAACAUGCUGCCGCUGAGGUUGAACCCAUGGUGCCGACUUUACCUCAUUUGAAGGAAACGCUCGAUACAAUGGCUCAAUAUGGUGUAAAAUACAUGUAUGGACGAUGGUUGAUCGAAGGAGCACCGAAUGUCAUUUUAUUUGAUACACAGUCGCGUUUUGAAAAGCUUGAUGAAUGGAAGGGUGAUCUGUGGAAUGUGGCUCAUAUUCCCUCGCCACCCAACGACUUUGAAACGAAUGAUGCUAUUUUGUUUGGAUAUAUAGUUUCUUGGUUUUUGAGCGAGUUUACUAGUCGUGAAAAGUCGAAAGCCGUUAUUGCUCAUUUCCACGAAUGGCAGUCGUCGGUUGCCAUCCCAUUGAUUCGCAAACGACACAUCGAUUGCACUACUAUCUUCACCACUCAUGCCACGUUGCUCGGUCGUUAUUUAUGCGCUGGAUCUACCGAUUUUUACAACAACAUUGCACACUUUGCUGUCGAUGAAGAAGCGGGAAAACGUGGCAUAUAUCACCGUUAUUGUAUAGAAAGAGCUGCUGCGCACUGUGCGGAAGUUUUCACCACUGUUAGUCACAUUACAGCAUAUGAGGCGGAACAUUUGUUAAAACGCAAGCCGGAUGGUGUAUUACCGAAUGGCCUAAACGUAGUCAAAUUCUCUGCUAUGCACGAAUUCCAGAAUAUUCAUGCACGUAGCAAAGAGAGAAUACACAACUUUGUCAAAGGUCAUUUCUACGGUCAUUAUGAUUUUGAUCUCGAUAACACAUUAUAUUUCUUUACGGCUGGUCGAUACGAAUAUAGAAACAAAGGCGUUGAUAUGUUCAUUGAGUCACUCGCAAGGCUCAAUCAUCGGUUAAAGUCAUGCAACUCGCCAGUGACUGUGGUUGCAUUUAUUGUCAUGCCUGCUGCUACACAUUCGUAUUCUGUAGAAGCUCUUCAAGGUCAAGCUGUAACUAAACAAUUACAAGACACUGUAAAAGAAAUUACAGACCGGAUUGGACAACGAAUAUUUGAAAAGGCGGCUCGAUACACAGGCGGUGAAAUCAAAGCUGCUGUUAUUGACCCCUCAGAAUUGCUAACAAACGAAGAUAAAGUUCUCCUAAAACGUCGCGUAAUGGCCCUCAAACGGGAUGGUCUUCCCCCAAUCACAACACACAACAUGGCAGAUGACUCAAACGACUCAAUACUGAAGCAGAUACGCGCAUCACAAUUAUUCAACAACCCAUCAGAUCGAGUAAAAGUCAUCUUCCAUCCUGAAUUUUUAAGUUCAAACAAUCCGCUUUUUGGUCUCGAUUAUGAAGAAUUCGUCCGUGGCUGUCACUUGGGUGUGUUCCCCAGUUACUAUGAACCGUGGGGAUAUACACCUGCAGAGUGUACAGUGAUGGGAGUUCCAUCAAUCACAACUAAUUUGUCCGGGUUCGGAUGCUUUAUGGAAGAUGUUAUCGAAGCCAACCCAACAGAUUAUGGUAUAUACAUAGUCGAUCGCAGAAUGAAAUCGGUGGAGGAGUCGGUUCAACAAUUGGCAGAUUAUAUGCUACAGUUUUGUCAGAAAUCUCGCCGACAACGUAUUAUUCAGCGCAAUCGUACAGAGCGAUUAUCUGAUCUAUUAGAUUGGCAACUGAUGGGUAUGGAAUAUGUUCGGGCCCGCAAAUUGGCCCUCCACAGAUCAUAUCAUGCGUUCAGCGGAGACGUGGAAGACUUUGAGCAGUACAAAGUCAAGUAUCCCAAGCCUUUGUCUGCACCCGCAUCACCCAGGAUACGAGGCAAUGGUGGGUAUAUUGCUGAUGUUGAUGAAGUGGGAGAAGAAUUAUCUGGUUUAGGUUUUGGUGAUAAGGAUGAGGAUGAGCCUUCCUACUCAAGUAUCAAUAUUAAAAGAAGACCAAGUGAUCCUUCUUUGUUGACUAGGGGUGAUACAGUUGCUAUUAGUCAAUAUAAUCAGUCGUAG